CGUACCCCGAAAAAUCACCGUUCAACUUGCUACAAUGCCGCCCACGCAGUCCGUUUGUUCGAUUAUCGGACAGCGCCAUCUUCACCUAAUAAAUGGCGCCGAUAGUUUGAAGAAACAUAAAACAUUCUCGAGAUGGUUCAGAAACCACGACAGUGUGGGCUCGGACCCACAGUCCUUUAGCCUCAUGCGCCUCGAAUUCAGCUGAAACGUUUGCCGGCUUUCUGGUGUCUGGGUGUCUGGGUGUCUGGGUGUACUUCCAC